CGCAGUUUAAAUCUUUUUAAUGUUGUCUAACCUAAACGAAGAAGAGCUGUCAAAAUGUCAAAGUGCGUAAAUAAAGCAAGUGAAAUAAUAAAAUAAUAACGAAAAAGUCAGUGCAUACAUCGUUAGAUAGCAUUUACCAUAACCUAUAAAAGUUGAAAAUGUCUGAAGCAAUAAAUUCAAACACAACAAUUAAAGUUGAACCGAACGAAUAUCCUCAAAUUAAACAAGAACUUAAAGAUUAUGAAAAUACAACAGGCAUUAGUAUGGAAAAUGAUGAAAUUUGUCUACAGCAAUUUUUAAAAUCUGAGGUUACGGUUGAGGAAGAUAUGAAGCAAGAAAUCAUUGAUGAACAAGAUUUUAAACAAGAUCCUCAAGUGAAAGAAGAGUUUGAUGAUUAUGAAUAUACAUCAAAUAUGAGUAUGGAGAAUGAUGAUAUAUGCCUACAGCAAUUCCUAAAAUCUGAGGUUACGAUUGACGAGGAAAUUAAACAAGAAAAGAUUGAUGUGCUAGAUGCUGUGCCUAAUACAAAUUCCAAUGAAAAACCUCACAUACUUAAUGAAGACACCAGUAAUUCAAGUAAUUCGAGCGAUUCAUUCGAAAGCGUUUCUGGAAAAUGUACAACAAGUGAUAAUCUAAAGCUUCAUAAAUGUGAAAUAUGUAAUAAAACAUUCCCACAAAAAAGAAAUUUAAAUCAACAUAAGGUGAUUCAUUCCCAUAAACAUUCUGUUAGUUGUAAAAUAUGCAAUAAAACACUCGCCGGAAUACGAUCAUUAAAAAUACAUGAACUUGUUCACACUGGAGAACGACGUUACAAAUGUGAAGAAUGCAAUAAAAUGUUCAAAUUAAAGAGCUAUUUAAAACAACAUAAAAUAACUCACACUGGAGAACGUCCUUACAUUUGCAAAAUAUGUCAUAAAGCAUUCAAAGAAAAAAAGACUUUUGAUUACCAUGAAAGAACUCACGCUGAAAAUAUUUAUCCUUACAGUUGCGAAAUAUGUCAUGAAAAAUUCAAGGCAAAGCAUCAUUUGAAAUACCAUGAAGCAAUUCACACUGGAGAAUACCCUUAUGUAUGCAAAAUAUGCAACAAAACAUUCACAUUAAAACAAACAUUAACUCGACAUGAAAUUAGUCACACCGGAGUGCGUCCUUAUGAAUGUGAGAUAUGCAAAAAAACAUUUACAUCAAAACAAUCAGUAGUUCGACAUAAAAUUAGUCACACUGGAGAACGUAAUUAUAAUUGUGGAAUUUGCAAUAAAACAUUUGCAAUAAACGAUUUGUUAAGACAACAUGUAAGAGGAGUACAUGCUGGAAUAUGGAAAAAACGUUCAAAAAAAGUUUUGAAUUUGCCGGAAACUAGCCAACCAUAA